AAUUACGCCGACCCUGGGUAAUCCAAUAUGGAGCACGAGGACGCCCGAUGCUCGGUUUGGCACCACAAAUUGUGAGUAAUUUCGCGCACAAAUUAGCAAGAAUUGUUGGAAGCAUCGUUUUGGGAGGUCUCGAGCGUGCUGCCAAUAGUUAGGCUCGAAAAAUUGGAAAAAUCGAACAUGGCGCUCCCGACAAACUGUUUCGACAACUGGCUAAGUAAGAAGUUGGAGGCUUUAAAUACGGAUCAGUAUGUGUUUGGAUCGUAUAUCAAAGGAAUUUUAGACGGUGAUGGAACUGAAGAUGAAAAAAUAGAAGCUCUCGAAGGCAUAUUCGCGGGCAUAACGGAUGACAAUAUCAGUAAACACGUGUUAGAAAUUUUGAGUGCCUGGACUAAAUGUUUACUCGUCAGAGAUGAGACGGCUUUGAAGGAACCAAUGGAAGAUGUGGAUGUUAUAUUGUCACGAGUGCUGGAUGCUCAGCCUCUUCAGACUACAACACCAAGGAGUUAUACUGCAGAGGAAAGGGGAAUAAGAGAUGCCAUUCUUGCACAGUACAGUCAAACGGCGGAUGAAGAUCAAAGUGAAGGUGAAGGGGAAGAAGAGGGUAUGAGUGGAGGAGACUGUGGAAUCGAGAAAAAUACAAAUGCUGCCUUGAUAGUGCAACAAGAAAGAGAGAAAAGGGAGAAAGCUAAAUUAGAAAGUCAGAAGAAAAAGGAGAAAGACAAAGAGGAUCGAGAGAAACAAAAGCAGUUAAAAGAGGAGAAGAAGGAAAGACGAAAAACACAGAAACGAGACUACAAAUAAUCAAAUGCUAAUUAGCAUAUGUAUACAUUUCUGUUUAUUCUCAUGCAUGCAAGGAUCUCCAACAGUCAUUUAGAUCAUUUACUAAUACCCCGUUAGUAAUUUGUGUCUAUAAUAUGCAUAUCCUAAAACAACUCAAGUUUACAUGAAAUGCCAAUCAUGUUUCUUGCUAAAUAAUGUUAGUUAUGUCAUAGCGGUUUUGUAACAUUACAUCCUGUGCCUUCUAUUGGUUAAAAAUCUUUGUGAAACAUUGUACUUCUUUUACAAGUCUUUUACUUAUUGUUUUUGUAUUCUUUUUACGAGAUAUUACUUCAUCUGUAUUAAAUCUCAGAUUGAUCUUAAUUCGUUGUUCUAUUUAAAUCGGACUCUGCUAUUAAAACAGAUAAAUAACUUGUACUUAUCAUUACGCUUAGCGUAUAUUUUCUCAUUAGAUAGCUCAUGUAUUUAAUACCGAUACAUUAAAUAAAUCAUUUAAGUACUCAACAUGAGACCUACCUGUACGAUGACUACCGGCAUAAAGUUUUCUUCCUCAUUUUCACGGUUGGUACAACAAGUAACGCCCUGGAGAAUUGGUAUUCGCGCAUUAAAAUUCAAACGAUCGAUUCACGAUACAACUGCGAUGACAAAUUGAUCAAACGUUGUUCUUGUAUUUGUAUUUUUUAUUGGUAUAUAUUUACACACAAGAUACCGUGUCGAAACCGAGUCAUCUUGGUAUUGCAUUAAUAAUGAAAGACAAACGCAGUAAGAUAAAAACAAACGAACAAAUGAUACAAAAGAUGAUGAUGCUUCAGUAUUGUAUCGUUACAUAUAUUAAUGUCAUUAUCAUAAUCAUUUAUUAUUAGCAAUUCUUCUCUUCGUUCACUAUAAUUAAGUUGGGCAGAAAUUGACGAACUCGCACUUACACGAUAUAACAAGGUCUUCCCUGUUCAACGCCGAGUACAAAUCAUCGUAUCAACUUCUGCUUUCUCAUUCUCAUUCUCUCUACUUCGCACACACCUUCCCCAUAGUUCUCUCCGUCUAUAUCCUUUCCCCCUCCCGUAUUUCUUUUUAUUCUUUAUUCGUACUCGUUUAACAUUUUGCAAAGCUUGUUACAACACAUCGAAUAAAACGUCUCGAGUAUAUCGAUUUCUAAUGGAUACACCUUCAAAGUAACACGCUAAUAGAUUCCUAAUGAAAUCACGAUUAGAAUUUACGCCAUUGAUUUUUAUCUCGACAUGCAAAAAACUGCGUUAUUACCAAAGAUAUAUUUAUACAUUUUGUACGUGCUUCUAUAUUCACGGGGAUAAGACCUAUAUUUAAUAACAUGAAAUCCAAUAGAGACCCCCGAUGAUUUAAAAAAAAAAAGAAAUUAAAAUAAAAAAAAACGGGAAAAAAUACGUUGCGGAAACUUACAAAUUUCAUGUACAAUCCCUCAUUCAGCGGCUACAGCGUAGAACUCCGUCGACCGAUUUGAUUUUCGCAUAAGAACGAUACUCGCUGCUCGAUACUCUUGCACUAAGAACUUUUAACGCAUUCGAGACCGAUAUAUUUAUUAGAAAACCCACAGUAACCACUAUUAUGUUUGCAGUGCUGUUCUGACCCACGUGUUGAGUCGUUGAACACUCGGGGUGGGAUGUUGCAUGACUCCGUAUGGCGAAUCAUCGGUCUCGAACGUGUCAACUAGGGGAAUCGUUCUAAAACAAAACCGUUGCUCGUGAUUGUCCUAUCGAGGGUAGUCUAAAAACGAUCAAUCGUUGUAACCACUUGGAUAGAUCGAUGCCAACUACGGAUCAAUCUGUGGAGGAGGGAAGGGGAAAAGGGAUGGCAACGAUCUCGCUAUGUAUGCACAGUUAUUAUCUAAUUGAACUCGAUAGCUCUAAUCACGUUGUUAACUCGAUAACUAGUUGCACGCUGUUCUAACAGAUAUACGCUAAGAGCAUUCCACGCUGAAGCCUGAAAGGGAGUUCACCCUUUUUUCCUCUCGUACAAAUUUAGAUCUUUUAGACACUGUCGUCCCCUUUUUCGUUACACUUACGUACAAGAAAGCGACUGUCGUUCAUGUCCACGAUAACUUUGACCACUGAAACUAACAAGCUUGUGUCAGGAUGACGGUUCUUAUUAAAUCCAAGCGAAUUUAAUCCUUUGCGAGCCUAUUUUAGACAAGAUUUGACAGGAAUGUCCCGGAAUCAGAAAAUCUGGACAGCAAAGGGUUAAAUACUCGUUUACAGGUGGCAAUUUUUAAGCUCAAACUUCUUCUGUUCCAAUGUUCCUUCAAAGAGAGUAUACUUCAAUAUUUUUGUCAGUUUAUGUAGAUUUAGUCGACCCUAACGCACGUAAUUUGAUCCCACUGUAUACAAUUAAUGAACACAACUAAAAACUCAAGGACUGUACAAUUGGCGCAAAUGAUUCGUAGGGGCGAAGAAAAAAAACGUGACCAAAGACAGAGGUCUCGCCACGUUUUUGUACGUUCGCGAAGCUUUUUGCGCCAAGCAUGUUCAGUCGACUCGAUUAAACCGUUGACGUAAAAACUGACAACAAAGAGCAAAUAACUAUUCUUUCAGAGAUUAUUGCACACUUCUGUACAAUUGAAAAUUUCAUCAGAUAAAUUUGUGGUAAAUUUGUGGAGAAAAAGAUGUUAUAUGGUAAAUAGAAGUAUAAAAAUAACAGGAAGUACAUUGAUGACUGCACAAUAAAUGCAAUUGAUUAUUUUAAAUCAAUACUGCCUAAAUGGCAUGAAAAGUUUGUCUCAACUUUGAAAUAUUGAAAUUUGAAAAUAUUAAGUCAUUUCAUAUAUGUCUUUGCAUAUUUAACUGCAAGAACUUUUUACACAAAAGUAAAUAUACAUAAGCAUCAGAUGAAACUGAAACAUUUCCAUUGAAUGCCUUAUAUAUACCAGGUACAAUUUACUUACAUGAAGAGAUAGAUAUGAGAAGGCUUAUGAAAUGACUUGAUAGCACUGACUCCAAAUUUUAUAUUAAAUUUUGACAUAUUGGUGUUAGUAAAAACGUACCAAGUAUCUCCACAAAAAGAAAUAUCUACACCUUUUUAUGAAAAUCUACCAUUUUUGCUUGUAGUUACAGAGAUUAUUCGGUUUUACACAUAUUUGCUUAUAACAUGAUGUUGCAGUGACUGGUACUGGCACGAUUCAAGUAUAGGUUUUACAAUAUUUUUGACUCUGACUAAAUAAUUGUGUAUCUGUAGUCUGCAGUACAAUAACAAAGAGUAUGAUGGCUUUAGAGCAAAAUAAGCUUUGCUUGAAUUAAAAGAUUAGCAUAUCGAGUGAGAGAAGCAUCUUCCUCUUGGAUGUCAGUUUCUUCAGCAAACGAUUCGAUUGACGCGACUGUGCAUUCAGACAGUACCAGGGGGAGGGGUAAAGGGGAGUAGGUGCUCCGUAUACUGGAGCUACGUUGUUUCAACGGUUUUUUCUCUAUUUAUUUCUAAACGGGUACCCUAUAUUUAACUCGUUUUUUGUCGCUUCCGCGUGGGUUUCUUAAUACGUAAAAUCGUAUAUGUAUAUAUGUAUAUGUAUAUGCAAUAAUGUGACGCAUUUUCCCUGGCAGGUUUUCCCUCUGUUUUCCCAUUUCGUCUUUCUCUGUUCGUUUUCUCCAGGCACACUCAUGCAUAUGUACGCACACGCGUUGUUAAUGAUAGUUAUCAUACACGAUUUGAUAUUCUUGUUUGCUAUAAACCUGUGUGUUGCCUUAGACACUACGCUCGUUAAAUGUUAGACAUUUCGUUCUAACUACAGUUGAAUGAAGUUCUUUCAUGGACAGAUCUCUUUCUCUCUCUCUCUCUCUCUCUCUCACCCAGGCCCUAUCACGGAUUGGUCUAACUGUGCUUCACACUUACAGAGGCUCCAAAAUUACAUGAAAUGGUAAUUGGGAAAUUAUUAUGAUAAUACAUUCGGUUCGUGUUUUUUGAUUUCUGUGAAAGAGGCAUUGUUAAUUUAGCAACAGAAAAAAGUUUGGUAGAUAACGUGGUUACAUUUGUUCACAAAUAGAGCAACUCAUGAUAUUUGAUCAAGUAAUGAUAAAUAAUAUGUUUGGUACAAAGAGUAAUAUCAUUGGCAAGGCCCAACAGUGAGGCUCAUUUAGGAGCAGAGAUGGGCAAAAUUCUUAUCUAGAUGAAAAUUGGAAUAAAGAAUAAUAUCGCUCUUUGUACAAAAAUAUUACUUAUUAUACAACUAAUUUUGUUUAAUGUACGUGGGUUUUCUACAAGAGUACGGGGGCCUCUCGAAUGUAAGCGAGGCUGCUCAAUCUCUGAAGGGCCCUGUUCUCGCUCGUGAAUUUCUAAUCGUUCGUCACGUGUUCCAAUAAACCAAAUCGGCCAACGAUUCACGAACCCGCGUAAGAUUUAUAAAAUGUAUAUAGUGGACGCGUUGUUUGUCGCUUAAACGCUACCCUUGUCAGUCGUUCUAGCGCGGAUUCGUCUUUCGUACACUUGAGAAUUUAUCGUAGCUCUUGCAAGAUGAGGCACUUGGGGAACAUAUCUAAAUAUCUCUGUUGUCGUUGAAAGUAUGAAAGUGACAAAUACAAGGACUUAAUUCUUUAACACUUUCAGGCUACACGGUGUACUAUAAUUCUGUGUCAUCUACGAUAUCGUUAACAAGUUUAUAGAGAUUUUUUUUUUCGUGGAUAUUCUGAUACUUGAUAUUAAUACUACAUAAACUGCGUUGCCGUGCGAUAUACAUUUUACACGAUGCAAAAGCUACACGUCUCGAUCUCUAGAUCUUUCAUCGUUUGCAUCGCGAUCUAAAUCGAGGGGUGAAGUUGUAUCUAAAAGGAAUCUCAAAAGUCUGACGAAACUUUACUUUCAUGCAAUAUUAUAGUGAAAGGAUCGAGCAAAGAUUCUCAGCAAUACUGAAGCCUUUAAUUGAACAUUCUACACCUUUCUAACAAAAGAAACAACUUGUACAUGACUCUGUUUCGCAUCUUAACUUUCCAUCGCUUUCCAUCAAAAACAACAGAGAUAUUCACGUGCUUUUUAGAUACCUCACCCUGUGUUUUAUUCGUGUUUUCUUUCUGCGAUAUAUCUUUGACACUGCAACUACUUAAUCAGCGUUAAGCUGUCAUCUGGUGUCUAAUGUGCGAGUACCUAAACCAAUGUAACGACGGAAGAGCUCUCGGCAUGCUCUUGAAAAAUUUCUUUCAAGCACAUACAAAAAUGUUACUUAUCUUUACAAACAUUCUUCGAGGACGUACAGCAAUGAUCCAAACGCGCACAGCGAUUACCUUGCUCGUAGCGUGUACAAAGGGAAGAAGAACCGUGCGGGAAUCUGUCUAAUGACGCGAGGUCGUGACAUUCCAACUAAAAUCAACGCUAUCGCGAUCAAAUUGCACCCGAACGAUGAAUCGUUUCCUCUCGAGAAGCUAAUAAAAUGCGUUUAAGGGGGUGAAUCUCGUGUGCUCGUAUACAAAUACUACGUGAAAAAUGUAUUACGUAUCUCGGUAAGUCUCGCGGAGGAGACUUCAAAGAAAAUUCUACAAUGACGUUUUAUAUUUCAGUCUUGUUACGUGUGAAUCUUUUGUCUUUUCUUUGUUUUUCUUUUCUCACCCCACAACGCAAGUACGCUUUGACAGUUUUGGUAUUCGCGAAUUUUAAAAAUAAUGUCCUUCCGCGGUUGCCUCUGCAGGAUUCCACGGGCAAAGAUUAUUGGCGCUACUGGUGACGGUUUUUUUUUUUUU